UAUAAAACACAAUUGACUGCAGGGCUUCUGCAUCUAACUUGUAUUUAGCAAAAAAUGACAAAGAACCAAAACCACAGAAUACAUCCAUCGUUUUCUAUUGUCAGCCAUGUUUAUGAUUAACGUUAUUUCUGGAUUAAUCAAAUUCUAAGGGUUUAUCCUUGAUAUUGCACAUUGUGCUUACAAAACAACCAACCUGGUCUCAACCAGUUAAUUUGGUUUGGAGGCAAACGGCAGAUUGUUUUUGUAGAAAAAGAGUCGAGUGUGUCAUCUGUGUUUUACUGCUUUCAGUCUUUGGACUCUGGCUGGAUGCUGAAAAGAGCUGAAGCACCGAGGUGAUGCUUAGAGGUCUCAGAACCGGGAGCUGGAGCACAUCUCAGGCUCAGGAGAGUUUGGAGAAGAACCCUGAAGCUAUUAGGAUGCGUAGAAACACACUUUGAGUGGUGAACACAGACAAAGAGAAACGGACAGAAGCCCAAAAAUGAUUCUGCAGCUGCUCAGCUUCACUGCUCUUCUGGCUUGUGCCCAGAGCCAGUGUCAUCCAGGCUGGAGGGAGAAUGCGAACAACUGUUACUUCUUUUCAACGGACACAAAGUCGUGGAUGGAGGCGAACGCCUUUUGUCUGGAGCAGAACUCCAACCUGAUGAGCAUCCAGGACAUCGAGGAGAGGUUGUGGGUGAGGACACAAAUCGGCACGGAGAGCCACUGGAUCGGCCUGAACGACCGCGCCGUGGAGGGCGUCUGGGAGUGGAGCGACGGGAGCCCUUUCAUAACAUACCUGUCGUACUGGAUAUCCGGCCAGCCUGAUAACUGGGGCGAGGAACCCGGGGAGGACUGUGGUCAGGUGGCGGGAGCAAACUUUGGACAGUGGAAUGACGAGAACUGCGGCGUUAAGAGGAAAUACAUCUGCAAGCACGUCAACGCCAAUCCGGGCCCUCGGUGCGACCUGGCGAACGGCUGGACGCAGCACGCGUCCGACUGCUACAAGCUGAAAGCGGCCGGCCGCAGGAGUUGGGCGGCGGCACGAAGCGACUGCGUGCAGGAAGGAGGGGACCUGGUGUCCGUCACCUCGGCAGAGGAGGAGCAGUUUGUCACAGGAGCGAUGGACGCGUCGUGGAUUGACCUCUGGAUCGGGCUCUCCACAUUGAAAUGCAACAAGAUUUCAUGUCAGGUUGAAGCCACAAACACUCAGUACGCCUGGUCUGAUGCUCUCCAUGUGGGGUACACGAACUGGGCUGAGGGUGAACCGUCAGGCAGCGACACGCAGGCCGGCGCGUGUGCCGCCAUCGUCAAAGAUCCGUCCGACGGAUUUGGGAAAUGGAGAUCCCAUCUGUGCAGAUAUGAGCGUCCUUACAUGUGCAAACGACCGCUCAACACCAUCUGCCACCGCGGCUGGCUGAGCUUCGCCGGCAGUUGUUACUGGGUGGUCAGUAACACAAAGCUGUUGACCACCUGGCACGAGGCCUUCACCAGGUGCUCCGGUAUGGGGGCCCACCUGCUGGUUAUAAACAGUGAAGAAGAACAGUUCUUUGUCAACGGGAACCUCCCAGACUUUCACCACGUGGACGUUCCUGACAUCUGGAUCGGUUUAUCGGACAAGGACCAGGACGGGGAGUUCAAAUGGGUGGAUAAAUCCCCAAUAACCUUUUCCAACUAUGGUCCCGGUUGGCCCAAAAACACUGCAGCCACUUGGGACUGUGGACAAAUAUACACAGGGAAUUACGACGGAAAAUGGGAGACGACCAACUGCUUCAAGAGCCUGGGUUACAUCUGUGAGAUGACCGGCGGACAGAACCCCAAACCUACUCCAGCUCCUGAUUCCCACUGCGACGCCGGGUAUUUGUUGAACGGGGACUUCUGCUAUCGCUUCGAGAGCGAGUCGGUGAAGAGCUGGCACGACGCCGAGGCUCACUGCAGCGGAGAGCAGGCUCACCUCGCCAGCUUCCACGAGGAGGAUGAGCUCAGCUUCCUGAUCGCUCACAUGCCGGGUGCAUCCUGGGUGGGUUUGAAUGAUAUCAAUGUCGAAAACCAGUUUGUGUACACCGAUGGAACCCCUGCAGAUCUCCUCCCGUGGGCGACCAACCAGCCGGACAACUGGGAGAAGAACGAGGACUGCGUGCACCUCCGAGGGACGACUCAGUCCGAGCCCGGGAAGCUCGCUGACGACGUCUGCACCAACACCAGGGAAUUUAUCUGCAAAAAAGCCAAGGGACAAGGGCCCCCUCCCCAGCCCCCAACAUCUGGACCAGGGUGGAACGAGAGAUGCGGCUCCUGGACGGCCGACCCUUUCAACGACUACUGCUACCAGUUCAACCUGCUGUCCACGAGGCCGUGGGCGGAGGCCCGAGCCGACUGCGUCAACCAGGGAGGAGACCUCGUCAGCAUCACGGAUCCCUUCGAACAGGCCUUCGUACAAGGUGUGAUCCAGUCCAGCCCCACAGGUGUCUCUCUGUGGAUGGGGGGUCAUGACUCCGUCACCGAGGGCGGUUGGGAGUGGACAGACGGUUCUCCGUUCAGAUACAUCCGCUGGAAUGCAGGUAAUCCAGACAACCACAACGGGGAAGACUGCCUGUCCAUAAUAAUUAACAACGGCUACUGGAAUGACGACAACUGUCAGCAAAAAAGGGGAUACGUCUGCGAACGGAAAGGAAUCACCCCUGAGCCUCCUCCACCUCAUGAUGGCUUCAUGACGGCGCUGGUGUGCCAGGACUCCACCGCCGUCCUUCACUGUCCGCCCGAGAGCGUAAUCAACAUCCAGUCGGCUUUCUACGGGCGGAAGAGCGGUGACAUCUGUCCACACUUUGGUGGAUCGGAAGGAAGCUGCACCGUGGAAGGCCUCCUUCCUCACUACCGGAAGAUGUGCGACAACCAUCCCUUCUGCUUCGCCUACGCCCACGUGGACGCGGACGCGGACCCGUGUCCCUCCGUAUCCAAAUACCUGGAGAUCGUCUACAGCUGUGAACAAAAAGUGUGUCUGCACGGCCUGGGAGUCGAGGACGGCAACAUCACGGACGCUCAGCUCUCGGCUUCAUCCUCCGCCGGUGCCUACACUCCCACCGAGGCCCGUUUGAAUGGGAACUCCUGCUGGAUGCCUUCAGGAAACCCAACCUCGAGCUGGAUCCAGGUGAACCUCGGCCAGACCAGAAAGGUAACGGGAAUAGUAGUCCAGGGUUGUCCACAGAACGACUUCUGGCUCACCGAAUUCAAGAUCCAGCACAGCGUGGACGGAACCCGCUGGACGGACUACACUGCCGACGGACAGUUUUUCUCAGGCUCGACGGACAGAGACGGUCCUGUGACUCAGCUCCUGGGGACACCCGUGUCCACUCAGCACGUCCGCAUCCUGCCGCUGGGCUUCAGCGGGCAGGCGGGGCUUCGCUUCGACGUGUUGGGAUGCACGCCGGACUAUGCAAUCACGUGCGCCAACAAGCCCAACUUCAACUUUGCCAACGAUAAAAUGACCGUCCAUUGUCCGGCCCGCUGCGCCAACGCUUAUCACCGGGUGUACGGCACGUCAGUGUACCGGGGGGACUCAAACAUCUGCGCCGCGGCCAUCCAUGCUGGAGUGAUACUGAACGAGGGUGGAGGAGACUGCACCCUGUUGAAAGUGGAGGGGCAGGACUUCUAUCCCGGCUCCACCAGGAACGGCAUCACCUCGUUGCAAUACGAUGGAAACUAUGCGGUGUCUUACACUUUUGCAGAUGGGGCGCUGAGGUGCUCCGGGCCGGACUGGUACGAGUUCGGAGAGUUCUGCUACAAACCUUCUACGGACAAAAAGACCUGGCACGAUGCCCGGGACACUUGCAGGAGUCUGGGUGCGGAGCUCGUAUCGAUCCAGUCGAUGACGGAGCAGAGCUGGCUGGAAAGCUACCUGUACAUGGCCACCAGUGACGUGUGGACGGGUCUGAAUGACCUGUUUGUGACCGGUAUGUUCACCUGGUCUGACGAGCACAUGGUGACCUUCACCUACUGGGCUCCAGGGGAGCCCAACAACCACGACGGGUUCAGCGAAGACUGCGUGGAGAUGUUGCAUCAGACCGGACGAUGGAACGACGUGUCCUGCACCGAGCUCAAUACCUACAUAUGCAAAGCGGCCAGAGCGCAUUACCCCGCCCCCUCUGUGAAACCCACCGUGUACGGAUGUCCUCAGGGCUGGCACGCGUACGGCUACUCCUGCUACUGGCUGGAGGAGACCACCAGGAGCUGGUCGGAAGCGAAGGCUUUCUGCAAAGAGCAGGGCGGCUUCUUGCUGCACAUCGGAGACGUUUAUGAGCAGGCUCAUUUCACGGUGACGCUCUCUGGAAAGAGCGGUUUGUGGUGGAUCGGCCUGCGUGCUCGAGGAGGGUCAACGGGAGGGGUCGACUACAUCUGGGACAACGACUUACCCCUCACCUUCACCCACUGGGACAAAGACCAGCCAGAUAACGGGGAUGGUACCUGUGUGGCCAUGACCACGGGUCAGAUUGGUGGUUUCUGGGACGACAAGCAAUGCGCAGAAAGACACGCCUUCGUCUGCGAGAAGCCCCGGCCCGACAUCACCCCGCCCCCCAAGCCCCCGACCCCUCCGCCCUCACAGGGCUGCGCUGACGGGUGGACCGCGCUGCCUCACUUCAGGAACUGUUACCGGCUGUUCCACGAGGUGGACUUUUCCCUGAAGAAGAGCUGGGGAGCGGCACGCGAGGACUGCGUCUCCCGAGGAGCCAAUCUGGUCAGCAUCCACAACCAGGAGGAGGAGGAGUUCCUCGCUCUGUACAGCAAAGACACCAGCAAGUGGAUCGGCCUCAGGCACAACCCCACGGAGGGAGGCUACUCGUGGAGCGACGGCACGCCGCUCUCACACACCAACUGGGGUCACGGGGAGCCCAACAACCACGAGGGGCGCGAGGAAUGCGUGGAGAUGGUGAGCAGCGUCAACGGGAGCCGCUCUUGGUGGAACGAUCUCAACUGCGACGCUCACCAGGACUGGAUCUGCAUGAUCACUAAAGGGAAGAACCCAGUCUUGCCCCCGGUGCCCCCACCUCCAAUUCCAGCUCCUGAUUGUGGCUCUAAUCCUGGCUGGAGGAAGAACAGCAACAUCUGCUACUACUACAACGACACCGACAUCGUGGACUUCCACACGGCCAUGAGGCGCUGCUACCACGAGAAGGCCUUGCUGGUGUCCAUCCACGACAGAGAGGAACAGGCGUACGUCAACACCAUGGUGGGGACGGGCGAUGUCGCUGCAGCUUGGAUCGGGAUGAGGAUGCUCGGCAUCGCCAGUGGACAAUACAUGUGGGUGGACUCCUCCCCUGUGACAUACACUCACUGGGGUCCAGGUGAGCCAAACAACGCCAACGGGGAGGAGCAGUGUGUUCAGAUGAACAGACAUCAAGGAGGAUGGAACGAUGCCAACUGUGGUCGGGCCGGAGCAGGUUACGUCUGUAAGAAGUUCCCUGGAGGCAGCCACACACCUCCUCCGCCCACACAGCCCUGGGAGGGCAACUGCCCUGCAGGUUGGAUGCUUUUCAAGGACAAAUGCUUCAUGUUCAAAGGGAGGAAAGACGACAUUAAAGCGAAUUGGUCUCACGCGCGGACCUGGUGCAAAGCCCAAGGAGGCGAGCUGGCAGUAAUCGAUGACCAGUACGAGAAUGACUUCGUCGCUAGCUACCUGAGGGACCUGGAGCUUCCCACGUGGAUCGGCCUGUCGGAUCUCUUGGUGGAGAAUCAGUACGCCUGGAGUGACGGCGUCAGCGCCGUGCUGUACACCAACUGGAACGAAAAGGAGCCCAACAACGCAGGCGGAACAGAACACUGCGUAGCGAUGGCUCACGGACCCCUGAUGAGUGGCAAGUGGAACGAUGACGUCUGUCACAAGGAUCACAGCUUCGUCUGCUCGAGGAGGAAAUCGAGCAGCAUCGCCCCACCACCCCCAACCAAGAGCCCCUGUCCAGAGGGCUACGUCUCCUGGUACAAGAACUGCUACAAGCUGGUGGAGGAGCCGGCGGCGUGGGGCGCGGCGCAGACGGCCUGCGAGCAGCAGGGAGGAAACCUGGCCAGCGUCGACAUGAGCUACGACCAGGCCUUCAUCGCCGGGGCGGUCCUGCAGGGCAAAGCGGACGCCUGGAUCGGACUCAGGCGCAAGGACGAAGACGGCUCCUACUCGUGGACGGACGGCUGGCCAGUUUUCUUCACCCAGUGGGGACCAGGAGAGCCCAGCAACGUGAAGGACGAGGGCUGCGUCAGUAUGCACGCGUCCCGCGCCUUCCACGGGACCUGGAACGACACCCGCUGUGACCAGGCCAAACCCUACGUCUGCAAGAUCUCCUCCGAGAAACCGCCGCCGACUCCGGCCCCCGGCGACGGGAAGUGUCUGCCGUUCUGGGUCCCCUACGGCCGCUACUGUUACGCCGUGUACGGCGGCCUGCAGGGUUACUCCUGGCCGGACGCCCGACACUACUGCCAAUCGUUCAGGGCCGACCUGGUGUCCAUCCACAGCCGGGCCGAGGUGGAGUUCAUCAGGAACCUCAACUCCACCGAAUAUCACAACAUGUGGAUCGGCCUCACCAGGGACGGCAACUUUGGCUGGGCCUGGACGGACAGGACGUCUUUGGGCUUCCUCAACUGGGCUCCCAACGAGCCCAACGCGGCCUUCCACCCCGGGGACGUGGCCGAGGAGAGCUGCGUGGAGAUGUACCAGGACGGGCGCUGGAACGACAACGACUGCCUGCAGAAGAGAGGCUUCGCUUGCCGCCACCGCCAGUACCACACAACAGAUGACGGCGGUGAGCCCAUUUUCCCCACCGACGGUCCAGGUGCCAACAAAGCCGGCGUGAUAGGCGGCGCCAUCUUUGGAGCCAUCGUGUUUUUCAGCUUGCUCGCCGGACUGCUGUUCUACGUCUUCAGUGUUCGGGGCUAUAAGCCGAGCGGCCUGAGCCUGCCAACGAGGACGACCAGUCCCGUGGACGUGCCGUCUUUCAUCAACCCUAAUUUUGCAGGAGAAUCAGACACAUAAAUAGUCAUUCAAGUUUUGUACAGUGCAUUGAAUGUUUUUAGUAAAUCAGUGACAAUGUCUCCAAGUGCCAAGAUUUAACUGAUUUAUUGUUAUACAGCCAUAAUAUAAAUGUAAUUCACUAUAUCAGUUAUUUACGGACCUUAAACCACUAAAUUGUGUAAUUAAAAAGAAAACCCCCAAUAAAUUAAGACUAAUUGUU